AAAUGCAUCGUGGCACAUUGACGGGUUUCCAUGUAUUUCCGUUUUGGGGACUGGUCCAUUGAGGGGCUCGAUUGAAAUCGAAACUGAACCAACAGGUUUUCAUGUUGUUGUUGUUGUGGCAUCGAUGUUGGCAUUCGUCUGGGGGUCUUGAACAAGGAAAUCACCGCCGUUUUGGACCUUGCCUCACUUCUUUCAUAUUCGCAAUGGAUUAUGUAUUUCGCUUUCCGCUUAUCAGUCGCAGUUUGGCGGCGAUCGCGUUAAGAUAAUGCUCAAUACUAUAGCCGGCAAACCCUUAACCCGCUGCCAGAUAAAGCGGAUAAUUCGUUAUGAGCGAAAGGUGAUGAAGGCAUUGUGCUACAGUGCCAAACUGGUGGCCGGCUACCAUGCCAAACGGAAUCCGGAUCUCGCCAAGCGAUACGCCACCGCCAGCUCGAGGAUCUCUGGUGCGAGAGCCACCCUGCGCCUCAUCGACGACAUACCCAUGAUCCAAUAUGCCUUGGAGUAUGGAUUGGGCGAAAAUGAGCCUGAUCGCGUGAUGCAAGUACUGGGAGUGACGGCCAACAUAGUGGAUUUGCUCUACUAUCCCAUCGAGAAGGUGUGUUGGCUGGCCGAGCACAAGAUUGUGGAUGUCAAGAAUGCGGAUAACUGGGACAAUGUCAACUCUAUUUUCUGGGUUCUUUCGGUGUACCUUAACCUUAUGAGGACAAUGCGCAAUUUUUCAUUGAAUCAGGACAAACUGAACCGAACGAAAAAUGUAAACGAAUUGGACGUGAAAACGUUGACCAAGCACCGCCUGGAAAUGGUGUCCAUCGUUCGGAUCUCACUCGACUUUGUGCACGCCGUCAGUACGCUGCCCAAAGGAUAUUUGUGGGGCGGCAAGCUGUCCACGCUGCAGGUGGGCGCCAUUGGCACCUUAUCCGCUGGCCUGGGCAUCUACCAGAUCUUUGCCAAGAGAAGACUGAACAAGUAGUCGCUGCGCCAUCGUAUUUGCAAUCCGUGUACUCGUAUUUGUUGAACAGAAUUUUUAAGCUAGUCGGUAAUCGUUUUUGUACGUCACUCGCAAGUGUGUUUAGUCUGUAAGUUUUUUAAAGAAGCACAAAAUACACGCUGAAUAAUGGUA